CCGCGUAUCUUUCUCUUUACAAAGACUGUUACAACUCGCUUGUGUUUAAAAGGACGCGCACACAGAACACUUGUCAUUGUCUACGAUAUCACAUUAGGUGGAAGUGGACGUAAAACGCUAGAAACGAACGAACGAACACAUAUCACUAGUGGCGUUUAACUUAAGUUGCCAUAUGUAUACUUCUUUAAUUCUGGUGUAUCUUGCGGUAGCUCUUACUUUUUCAAGUUGUACGGCACACAGAGAAAGAUGUUCGAACUCGCCGAGACCUGAAAUUAACCUGAGAAUUUUACACUGUGAUACCGUUGAAAAAUUUAACCUCUGUCGCUGUUGUCCAGUUAAUCCAUGUGAAAAUGUAGAAUGCAUGAAUGGUGGAAAAUGUAUAGGUGACGGUGUUUGCGAAUGUGUUUCUGGUUACAGUGGACCAACGUGCAACAUUAAUCCAUGUGAAAAUGUAGAAUGCAUGAAUGGUGGAAAAUGUGUAGGUGAAGGUUUUUGCGAAUGUGUAUCUGGUUACAGUGGAGUAACGUGCAACAUAAGUCCAUGUGAUGGCGUGGAGUGUUUGAACGGGGGACAAUGUGUAGGUGAAGGUGUUUGUAAUUGUACCUUUGGUUUGGGUGGAGCUACUUGUAACAUGAGAGUAUGUAACCUGACCGAAUGCAACGAAAGACGUGGAACGUGUAUAAAAGUGAGAUGUACGACCAAUGCUACCAAUUGUGGAGGUAAACGAUGUAAUGAAGCUAACGACGAAUUAUGUAUUAAUGAUACUUGUGUAGUCAGAGGAGACAUUUGUUCGGCUAUAGAUGGCAUACUUAGCAACUGUUUUCCUACGGGUCAACCAUGUGGGGAAGGUACAUUCUGUAGUAAUGGUUUUAUUAAAAAUAAAUGUGUAAAUGAGACGUGUAGGUUUGUAAGUAGCUGUGAUAGACAGGCUGAAGGUGCAAGUUGCACCACUAACUUAGCUACAUCUGGCAGUUGUUCAGGUGGACUUUGUCUCGCACCAUGUAAAGAAGACACGAAUUGUGCUGGCGGACCGUGUACUGGUGGAUUCUGUGCAUUUGUAAAAUGUGGAGAAUCAUAUUGUCAGCACAACUAGUUAUAUUUUACCCACUGUAGGUUAAUCAACCACUGAUAUAUAAGGUUCAAUAAACUAUAUUGUAAUAUUUAAAACCUAUUAUAAGAUUUAAUAUAAUAAACUUUAUUGUAAUAUUUAACCACUUCUUUUAAAUAAUUAAAUGCUAUUUUGUUCUUUUAUAAAUUAUAAUUCUAACAAAUGUUAUAAAAUAUACUAUUCAAAAAAGUAGGGGAUAUUUGAUUUUUAAGUGUUAUUAAAGUCACCUAAUGAAACUGACGAAGAAACAAAUGACAAAAUUAAAUGAAGUUCACAUUCAUCGAUUUAUUCCAAAUGAUCGUUAGACUAAGUAAGGCACAGACUGACCAUUAUAAGGGUAAAAUGAUACCCGGGGUCAAACAGCAAAGUUACCACAGCAUCACAACCAAGUCAGUAACGGGUAAAUCCUCCUCUGUUUGCCAAACAAGCAUUGAUCCGACGUGGCAUACUCCUAAUGAGACGUCUAAGGUCAUUUUGGUCCAGAUUGUCCCAUUCCUGUUGCAACGCAGCAGCAAGUUCUUGGACAAUGGCAGAACGUUGUUGACGUUGACGUAACCUCUGUCCAAGGAUGUCCCAGGCAUGCUCGAUGGGGGAGAGGUCGGGACUCAGUGCUGGCCAAGGUAAUGUGGUGAUGUUCUGUUGUUGGAGGUAAUCUGUAACGAUCCUGGCCCUGUGACAUCUUGCGUUGUCAUCCUGGAAGAUGAAACGGCGGCCAUGACGUCGUGCGAACGGCACAACAUGGACUGCCAAGAUGUUGUCCCGGUAGUACUGGCCUGUAACACGCCCUGCAACAACAUGUAAAGCCGUUCUUCCAGCAACAGUGAUGCCUCCCCACACCAUAACAGAACCACCCCCAAAUCGAUCAUGUCUGAUGACGUUAACGUCCUGGAAGCGCUCGUUUCGACGACGCCACACCCUCCUACGUCUGUCCAAAAAAUCAACAGUGAACCUUGACUCAUCUGAAAACAUCACAUUGCUCCAGCGUCGAUUAUCCCAGUGUUGACGAUCCCUACACCAACGACGUCUUGCCUGAAUGUGAUGAUCUCUCAAACAAGGGAUCACGCGAGGAAGUCGGGCGCGAAGGUGACCCCUAUGCAGUCGAUUCCGAAUCGUCUGGCCACUCACUCUCACACCAGUGUCUGUUUGAAGACGAGCGCUGAUCUGAUUUGCUGUGAUGACACGAUUUCUCAAGGCCAAGGUACGGAUAAAUCGAUCCUGGGCUUGAGUUGUCGCCCUUGGUCGACCUGAGCGUGGUCUGUCCUGUACAGAUUGUGUAUCACGGUAUCUGGACCAUAGCCUGCUUAUGACAGACUGAGAAACAUUCAUCGUCCGCGCCACAACCGCCUGUGUUGUGCCGAUCUGUAGCAUGCCAAGGGCACGUAACCUUUCAUUUUGGGUAAGCCGACGCAUAUCAAAAUUUGUUUUCUGGUCACUAAAACAAUUAAACUGAUGUUUCCACCCUGGAAUUCAAUGCCACAAUGACUAACAUUCUAAGUCAGAGUCGCGCAAAUCUUGGGUUGGACCCCCAUGAUGAUCCCAAGCAUCACCUGCAUUCCAUGCGGUAGCUAUUGGUGCGUUUGGGCGUCACAUGUAACUGGAAAUGUUUCUUCUGUUAGGUUCUAUAGUGACUUUUUUCGUAGUCAUUUGCAUAUUUUAGUAUUAUGCCCCCAAAAUCAAAUAUCCCCUACUUUUUUUGAAUAGUAUAUUAAAAUGUAACCCCGAUUGAAAAAUAAACGAUUUUUGUUGAA